GGGAUUUACAAACUACUACCCUCGUCUUACACGGAGGCUGAUGUAGCUGACAAUCUAAUUCAUACGAUUCAUUUAUUGGCAUCAUUCGGAUUUAAUCUUAAUUUUUAAAACUAAUCAUGUGGAUUUAUUCUAAAUUCUCAUGUGCAAGACUACUCUCGAUUCUUUGCAUAAGCAAUUUACACAGAUUCCUGUAUAUUAUUAUGUGUUUGUCGGUUAUUCCUAGAGCAUAUUGUUCACAAGUGCCAAACUGGGUCAAAUCAGUCAAUAAAGAUCUAGGACCGUUAACUUUGCCACCAUCUGCAUUUUCUGCAAGCUCUGUUUAUCAGAAUAAACCAGAAUAUCAACCGUACAAAGCGAAUUUUGUAGUGUUUGCUUCGAAAGAAGAAAUUUCCGGUGCAUGGUGUCCAGCUAAAUUAAUUCAUAAAGAAUUAGAUGAAUGGCUUCAAGUUGAUUUUGGUGCAUUGAAACUUAUUAAAGUUCUUUUCUCAGAAGGUGGAGGUUUAAAUCAUAAUGCAUUUGUUCCAAUGUUUAUGAUUAAAUAUCAACGUGAAGAUAAUUCCAAAUGGUAUGAAUAUCGAAUGAGAAAUGGAAGUAAAUUACUUCACGCAAAUCGUAAUAGUCAAACAAUAGUCAUUCAAUUAGAUCCACCAAUUAUAGCAAAACGAUUACGAAUAUUGCCUUAUACUAUGGAAUCUGAUCCAAAAUUAAUGUGCCUUCGAUUGGCUAUUUAUGGAUCUGUAUUCAAUGAUGGAGUUAUAGAAUAUUCAAUUCCUGAAGGUGAUAUCUAUCGUCUGGAUCCACGUGGGGAUUUUGCUUUGAAUGAUACAAAUUAUGAUGGUGUAUUAAUAUCUCCUGAAUCAUCUUUGACGGUCACCAGCAGCACUAAGGAAUUAGAUCAUGUGGAUAAACAACAACAACAACAGCAACAACGUACCGCUUAUCUGACUGGUGGCCUUGGUCUACUCAUGGAUAAACAAUAUUUUGAAGGCAGUCUACCUGAACAAAUAGACAGUAGUAGUAGUAGUCCUGUGGUUGUUGGUUGGUUUCGACGAAAACCUACUACUAAUCCAUCUGGUCGUAUUACAAUGUUGUUUAAAUUUGAUCAAGUUCGCAAUUUUACUCAAUUACGUAUUCAUACAUUGAAUUCAUUGGAUUAUAUUGCAUUGUUUCGUCGAAUCUCUAUUCAAUUCAGUAAUGGUGGUCGUUAUUUUGAUCGAAAUUAUGCACCAGUUGUAGUAGAUAUACAUCGUGAUAUUUACAAUUCCAAACCACGUUGGAUUCCUAUUGAUCUAGGCUUUCGCAGUGGUCGUUAUUUACGAAUUACCUUAUGGUUUGAUUAUGAUUGGAUUGUUAUUUCUGAGAUUACUUUUGAAUCAUCUUAUUUAUCAAAUGAUGUUGUUAUACAUACAGAACAAUCUGAUGAUCCUGUCCAGAAAACUGUUGAUUUCGAUUCAUCUGAUAUUGACUUGGAGGCAGAAAGAUUAUUGAUCAUGUCAAAAUCAUCAUCAUCAUCAUCAUCUGAUCAAGCACAAAGUUCAUCAUUGAAGAAUCCAACUUCAAUACAAAAUGAUCCGGAUAUUGAGAAGCAAUCGUCACUAUCAUUAUCACAAGUUACACUAUCUACUACGGUGUCAUCAUUAUCCCCGUUCGAUGCACCAAUUAGUGCAACAUUCAAAUUGAGAGGAUCAAAUAUACCAUAUAUCAUUGCAAUUAUCUGUUGUUGUUUAGGCUCAUUUGCAUUUGCAUGCAUUUUUGCAUUUAUGCUAUUUCGAUUAAAACGUUGUCGAAAAAGACGUUUGAAAAAGUUACAAAAACAACAAAAACUUUCACAUACAUUAGAUAAACAACAAUCUUUACAUCAUCAACAUUUAUUACUUACAACAGCUGGACAAAAUCAGAACUCUUUAUCGUCCUGCUUAUCUACUCCUCCGAUUUCUUCAUCAUCAUCAUCUACAACGGUACCAACUUCUGUGCCUCCUGGUAUUAUUUCUGCUUUAAACAAUUCAACAUUAUAUCAAUAUAAUCAAUUAAAAUUGUCUAAUGGAAAUCAUUAUACUACUGGUAAUCAUGGGAAUAGCAACAGCAACAACAACAAUAAUAAAAUGAUAAAUUCCAAUGUUGUCAAUCUCUUACAAACUCCUCCAACAAUGAUGGAUAUGCCUAAUAAUAAUCAUACACAUUUAAAUGGUACUUUAUCUCAAGGCUAUUCUGAAGUGUUAACUCAUCAUCAUCCAACUGGAACAAUUUGUGCUCCAUACUAUUCCACUAGUGGCAUUGAUCAAGAUGGCUUGCUAGCUUUGCAAUUAUUACAACAUGGUCAUACGGUCGGGUCGAAUUUCUCUGCAUUGAAUGGUUUGACAUUAGCUCGUCGUGGAUUAUCUGAUAAUAAUAAUAAUAAUAGUAAUAACAAAAAUAGUCCUAAUGUUUUCACUGCACAUCCAAUGGUUACACUAGGAACAGAUAACAAAGUAAUUGGUGUAAAUUUACCGCCAACACCACAAUUAAAAAACCAUUUACUCUGUCCACAAAACAAUACUAAUAAUAUUAACAAUAUUACUAACGGUGUAAUGAAUUCCGCUUUUGUCGGCCCGCAUUCGACAAUACCCUCACCUCUUCCUCCUCCCCCUCCACCAGAUCAACCGUUACCACCUUUGCCGAAUUUAUCAUCAAAUGCAAACAAUACAAAUAAUCACUUAUUGAUUAAUACAUCAUUGUCUCCUGUUUUCCCGUAUUCUGCCUCUGCCGCUGUAUCACAAGCAUAUCCAACUGAAAAUGGUUUUAUAUUAUCUAUAGACAGUCCAAUGCCAGAAUAUGCAAGUGCUUCACUAUUCAGUGGUACAGGAAGUGGAACAAUUAGUUUAGGUCCAAAUGAUCUUAGAAAUUCAAUCAUUUCAAAAACUACCCUGGAUAGUAGUUGUGAUGCAAAUAAAUAUAAACAAUUAAUGGAAACUUAUUGUGUACCACAACAUAUGAACUCAUAUUUUUGGCCAUCAAAUAAUACCAAUCAUGUAAAUCAAUAUCAGCUAAAUUUUGAUGGUAUUCCUCAACUAUCUGCUCCUAUUGCAGUGACAGUACAAGCAGCGACAACAGCAACAUCACCAUCCGAUACUACUCAUCAAAAUGCACAAAAUAGUAGUAUGGAUAAUGAAAAUCUUUCAGAAAGUUUCGAUUCCAGUGGUAUGUAUUAUUUAACGCAUAGAAAACAUUACAUCAAUGCUAAUAAUAACAAUAAUAAUAAUAAUAUUUCCUCGAAUUUAAUUCAUCAAAAUCCUGCAGUGUUUUUACCACUGAAUGUUGGUCCGGGUGCCUCACCGACAGUCGCCGAAGCACAACCACCACCACCUCCACCACCGGGUACACAUUUAAUACCGAUUCGUACAAUCGGUCUACGAUCAGCCAGUGGUAGUGCCACGAAUGGUGGGAUUAUACUAGCGAAUAAAGAUGAUUUAAUAUCUAAUAUACAUCAUCAAUCUAAUCUAACUCAAACUACUACUAGUCCAAAUCAUUUUUACCAUCAUCAUCAUCAUGGUGAUGAAGAGAAGAAAGAUUUAAACAAUUUUACCAUACAACAAAUCACCACUAUUACACCAAAUAGGUAGGCGAUGUUCGCGUUUUUUUUUUUGUAGAUUUCAUAAAUCAGAAACUUUUUCUACUGUUAACCAGUUCAUUUCAUAUUACGACGAAAUGUGAAGAACAUUGAAUUAUGUAUAGGCUUUGAUAUUCAAUAUUGUUACAUUGAUUGUUUCAAUGAAAGAAACUCUAUGUUUUCCCUGUGAUGAUCAUAGUUCUCUUAUUAUAGUGUUAUGCAAAUUAUUUAACAUACUACCCAUUGAAAAAUUUUAAACACAAUGCCAUAAUGCUCUCUU